AGAUCUCCCAUAAGCUGCUCAACUAUCUUCUCAACUUCGUCUCUCAUCGACGUUGCGGCAGUGUCAAGAAACAGCUCCAGGUGGCUCAGCAACUUGGCUUGAGUUGGACUUCAGGAUCUUAUCGUGGUUGCUUCUCGUGUUGACGAAAGUAACGAGGACUCCCAUGGAAGCAAGACGGUCGCUGAGGUGCAGCAUCGGAUUAAUGUGGCCCUGUGCCGGGAAUGGGACUACCAAAACAUGAACAUCCGAGACGGAAGCCAUCGAGCAGAAACUUGGAGAUUUUACGUGGAGCUGAUAGAUAAAUGUGGGAACUUGGCCGUGGCCGCCGACAUUCACGAGCAAAUCCAGCGCGCCCUUGUGGACAAAGAAGACGUCUUCAUCCAUAACAAACUGGUUCACAUGUAUGGCAAGCUUGGAAGCGUGGGACACGCCCGACAGGUCUUCGACGCAAUCAGAACGAAGAAUCUCUUUUCUUGGAUCGUCAUGCUGACAGUCUACUCCCAGAACGGGUUCGUCGAGCACGCCAAAGCCAUCUUCGACCAGAUGCCGUUCGUCACCGUGGUUGCUUGGAACGCGCUGCUAGCGGCUUAUGCCACAAACGGGUAUCUCCGAGAGGCCAGGGAACUCUUUUCAACGAUGCCAGAGCUCAGUAUGGUUUCGUCAACGUGCAUGCUGGGAGUUUUCUCCGAGAUUCAGGACUUUUCCAGGUGCUGGGAAGUAAUUCAUGAGAUGGAAGAGCGAGAUAUAGUCUCCUGGAAUUCACUGCUAUCGGCUUACGUCCGGAAUGGGCUUUUGAAAGAGGCGAAGCAGGUAUUCUCUUCAAUGCCGGAGUGGGAUUUAGUCUCAUUCAACACUAUGCUAGCCUCGAGCCUGGAAGACAGCAGCAGCAGUGGUUUGUCGGAGACACUAGAAGUCUUCACUACGAUGCCCGAGCAGGAUAUAAUCUCCUGGACAACUGUUCUUUCAGCUUAUGUCCGUGAAGGUCGUCUCGAGGAGUCGAAAGCACACUUUGACAGGAUGCCGCUGUGGAAUCUCCCGUCCUCCAAUGCAAUGCUGGCCGUCUACUGCAACUGUGGCAAGUUUGACGACGCAGUGGGAUUUUUCGCGUGUAUGCCCGAGAAGGACUUGCUCUCAUGGACGUCGAUGCUCGUGGCAUAUGCUCGGAACGGGCAUCUCGGGCGUGCGAGAGAUUUCUUCUACAGCAUGCCAGGCCGGGACGUGAUCUCCCGGAACGGAAUGCUGACGGCCUACAUUCGCAACGGCGAUGUCAAGUCAGCCAAGAGGUUCUUUGACGCUCUUCCGGAAACGACCCCAUCGUCGUGGAACUCCAUGCUCGCCGCUUCCAACGCCAGCAGCGUUUUGCAGCUCGCCGGCGAGAUCAGCCUCGCUCAUGCUCCCGACGCAGAGAGCUUCGUCUCCAUCCUCAUCGCCGUGACGCACUUGGGCAAAGUUGACGAAGGCCGGCGCUACUUCAUCUCCAUGACGCUCGACUUUGGGAUCCAACCGACGAAGCAACACUACCUCUGCAUGGUCGACCUCCUGAGCCGAGCCGGGCAUAUCGAAAAGGCCCAAGAUCUCGUCGCCAACAUGCCUUUUUCGCAUGGGACUUUGGAAUGGAGAUGCUUUCUCACGGCAUCCAGGAGCACCUCUCCACGCAUGCUCGCAGCUGCUAGAAGCAUUCUUGAAACCGGAAAAGGUGGUGGAGCUGAGACAUACGUGCUACUAGCAAAUGCCGCGACGGUACCAAAGGCAAGGUAGUAUUUGUUAGUGUACGAAUCGCGGAAGAACGAGACCUCGUCCCCGUGACGCAGCCCAUUAUGAUUGACGUAGCUGAUCCAUCCGGUGGUGAAGACAUUGCCUUGGCUGCUACACCAGUGCGUGUACUUAAACUUCCAAGUUCUUCCACUCUCGUCCUCGAACGCAAGUAUUACAAACCGGUUGCCAUCCUCUCCGCUGCUACUUCCUCUCGUCCUUGCCGCGGAAGGGGAGGCGGAGGGCUCUCCAUUCCCGGCCAUGACAAGCGGGAAGCAGCGCUCGGCGUCCUUCUUGGAGACGAGCAGCCGGUUGAGCUUGCUGGUGUCGCUCCUUGUGAGAACUUUGGUGAAGAGGUGCUCCCUGGUGCUCCUUGGAUCCGGCCGCUGAUCGAUGCUGGAGGAGCCGAGACACCCCCGCUUUGGAAGAUUAUCAAAGUCGUGGGGAUCCGCUGGCGAGCGAGACCUUUUGCGGGUUGCUUUUGGAGGCGGUGGUGGCGGGGCUUCUUCUCCGACUCCCAGGCUCAGCCACCUCGAGCAAUCCAGCUCUGCUUCGCUCGUCAAGUAUUUGCUGCUUGGAAGCGAGAAGGCUGGCACCAUUUCCAUCCAUUUGAGCAAAUCUUUGGUCUGGAACUCCACUGCUGGCACUGGUAGUAGAUUUGAUGGCUGAUCGCCCUCUUGUUUUUCUUCAUCUUUGUAAUCUUGCUGCUGCAGCCACUGCUCUUCCAAAUGUUCUUCACUCACCAUCCUCAAAAUAUAACACUGAAACUACUUUGGAAUCU